GCACUGGAAAUCACAUAAAUGUCUUUCAGCUAAGUUACUAAAAGGGUUAAAUGUGGAUAGCCUACUACAUACGAAAGAGGAAGUUUUUAUACGCAAUGAAUGAGAGUGAAAAGUUGAAAAGUUACAGAAUCCGUUUAUUCUGAUAUAUAUGUGUGCUCAAACAUCUCUGAGACUGAAGCACACAUCUUCCUCGUGCUGUUUUAAUCCAUAUAGCGUUGCCUAGAGCUGAUAACUAACAACUAAAUCAACUCAAACAAACCUCAUGGCAGGAUCCGAGUCAAAAGCCGCUAAAGACUUGACUGCAAUGAUGGAGACGACUAUGCAACAACUUCAGAGCAGGUUUCAGAACUUAUCUGACCAAAUCAUCUCCAAAAUGGAUGAGAUGGGAACACGCAUAGAUGAUCUGGAGAAGAACGUCGGUGAUCUCAUGACACAAGCAGGAGCUGAGGAGCAGCAUAAAGCAAAUGGUUUGGAAGAGAGACCAAGCUGGCCAAAGCGCUGAGCAGAAAUGUUGGAGAAGCUUGAGAUCAACACAAUAUUUGUGUCUUAAUCUAUGCAUGUAUUAUUCACCGGUGCCUUGUUUUCUGUAUGAUUUAGGUUUGAAUAUGUGAUCUUGUACCUAAAGCAAUAAAUGAACUUGUUUAGCUUCCUGUGUUAAAUAUUUUCCAGGAUACAAUAGAAACAAAAAUGGAAACAUGUAACAAUGUAUUAAUAUAAAGUACCUCUUGCUGACAAUAUCAACGAUCUUUGAAAGCUGUCAUAAAACUAUGCAUUGGGCCAAAAAGACUACACUGCUCCCUUUUUAAUGUGAAAUACUUGCAAAGGACUUUGUAGCAACGCGUAACUGAACUUAAGGGAAUUCUUAUUGGCUUUUGCUUUCAUUUUGCAUGAUUUUGUUAUAUUUUGCACUGAGCUCUCAUAAAGCAUCCUAGUGUUUAUUACUUGGGCAAGGGUUUGUUCAGAAUUAAACAUUAUGCAACACUACACCAUGGUGCAACAUUAA